CCUCACGCGCUCUGUGCUGCUCCCUCAGUGUGUGUGUGGAGCGCGCGGGUCUCCUGCAGUGCGCGGGGCAUCGCUGAGUGGAUUAUCUCCGGGUUCCGCUACAGGACUGUGUGAGAGAGUGUGGACAGCAGUGUGUGUGAGAGAGUGUGUGUGUGAGUGUGGAGCUGUGGGUCCUGAUGCGCAGCUGAGAAUAGCCGUCCUGUGGGAACUUCUAAGAGGGGUUUGAUGCGGGGACAGUCCGGCAGGGUGGUCGCACCAUGGCAAAGCCAUUUUCACUUCUCUCUCUGGUGGGCAUUAUUUCUGCAGUCAGCUGGGUGACAGCUAUGGAGCUCAGGUUUGUGCCUGACCCUCCAAUCUUAAGCAUCUCAAAUAAAACACUCAAAAUCAAUGCUUCUGACACGCUGGAGAUAACCUGCAGGGGCCGCCAGAUCCUGGAGUGGUACACACCUCAUAACCGCACUGGGUCUGAAAGCAGACUCAAUGUAUCCGACUGCAGCGGAGAUGGACUUUUCUGUAGUAAACUUACACUGACCGCAGCCAUGGCUAAUGAGACAGGAGAGUAUCGCUGCUCCUACAGAAACCUGGCCGUGGAGGAUAGGAAGACCUCGCUGGGGGUGUACGUCUUUGUGCAAGACUAUCGUGUGCCGUUUGUCCGCUCGGCUCAGGAAUAUGACGUGGUCUUUCUUCGGGAAGGUGAACAGGUGGUCAUCCCCUGCCUUGGUUCCGUAGAAGACCUUAACGUCACUCUGUACACGAAGUAUCCAGUAAAGGAACUGGCCACUGAUGGAAAAGAUGUGCUCUGGGACAGCAGGAGAGGCUUUAUCCUUCCUAGUCAUGUGAUCAGCUAUGCUGGCGUGGUCUUCUGUCAAACGCGAAUCCAGAACGAAACCUUUCAGUCUUCACUCUACAUUGUGGCUGUUGUGGGAUAUAAGAUCUAUGACCUCACUGUGAGUCCUGCUCACGAGAAGCUGGCCGUCGGGGAGAGACUGGUGCUCAACUGUACCGCUCGCACUGAGCUCAACGUGGCUAUUGACUUCCAGUGGUCCUUACCUCAGGACAGGAGAAAUACCAACCGUUCUACACCAACAAAUUAUGAGACCAAGUCCUACAAGAAGAAGCUGUGGAACUCUCUGGAACUGUCCAACUUACUGAUUAUGGAGAAUGUGACGAAUGAUAACAUGGGGGAGUAUAUUUGCACAGCUUCCAGUGGUCAGAUGGUCAGAACUGCUCAGGCAGCUCUUAUAGUGUACGAGAAGCCCUUCAUAUCACUGAAUGAACAGUGGGUUCGUGUUGUGGACACAAACACAGGCCAGCGGGAAACAAAGAUCCCUGUGAAAUAUGAUGCUUAUCCAGAACCUAAUGUGAAGUGGUUGAAGAAUGGCCUUGCCAUUUCUAAUGAAGAGUACAGGAUGAAGCCAGCCAAAGACUCUCUCACUAUAUUUGAGGUCACAGAAAGAGAUGCUGGGAAUUACACCGUGGUCAUGACCAAUAAGAUCACUAAAGAAACACAGAAGCAGACAUUUCAGCUACUGGUGAACGCUCACCCUAAGAUCUUUGAGAAGGAGGUGCCGUUGGAUCGUAACAUUCACAUGUUUGGCAGCAGCCCCACCCUCACCUGCACUGCGUCCGGCGGCUCCAGCCCUGUCACUAUCCAGUGGCAGUGGAUGCCCAGCGAGGACUGUCCGUCACGAUUUCAGCCCAGGUCAGACCAGAGUGCAGUGUGUGAGGGGAAGUGGAGAGAAAUUUCCAACAACACAGGAAAGAAUCGCAUUGGCCAGCUGAUCACUUUCACUGACAGCUCACUCAAGACAAUCAGCACACUGAAGAUCCAGAAGGCUGUGGCUCAUGCCCUGUACAGGUGUGUUGCUGCCAAUAAAGUAGGAGUGGAGGAAAGAAUCAUUGUUUUUCAAGUGACACGUUUCCUCAAUCUCUGUGUGUUCCCAUCCAGCAAACCUAUAGAGCAGGAGGAUGUGCUGCUGCGCUGUGUGGUCGACCGCAUGCUCUACUCCAGUUUGAGUUGGUACCGGGUGCUUAAUGUGUCCAAUCCAGACAGCUUACCCGCCACUGUACCCUGCGGCACUCUUGCCCUGAGCCCUCUCACACAGCCCAACGCCACCAUCAUGGCCCUGCAUGGGAACAACGCCACUCUGGACCUGUCGCUGCCCAGAGCUUCCCGAAAGGAUCAGGGCCUGUAUGCCUGUCGGGUGGAGAACGCUGACAGCAGUGAGAGAACCUGCCUGCUACACUACCUGAAGCUCAGAGCUCUGGAGUUGCCAUGGAUUGUGAGCAACCUAACAAAUCAGCGGGUUAAUGUGAGCGACUCUGCUAUACUGAUGUGUGAAGUCAAAGGAACUCCAAACCCCACCGUUAUCUGGACCAAAGACAACCAGACGGUCACUAAGGGAUCAGGAGUCAUUCUGACCAACUCAAACCGUGUUUUGACCAUCCAGAGGGUGAAGAAAGAGGACAGUGGUCUGUACACAUGCACAGCCUGCAACAAACAGGGCUGUGACUUUGCCCAGGCCAAGCUUACAGUGGAGGGUGCAGAGGAGAAGAUGAAUGUGGAGCUCAUUGUGCCGAUUGGUGCUGUGGUCAUUGCCAUGUUCUUCUGGCUUCUCAUUGUCUUUGUCAUACGCAACAGGAAACGGCCUGCUGAUGGAGAAAUGAAAACAGGCUACCUGUCAAUCAUCCUGGACUCUGAAGACAUGCCUAUGGAUGAGCACUGUGAGAGACUCACCUAUGACGCCAGCAAGUGGGAGUUCCCCCGAGAACGACUCAAACUAGGGGAGCCUCUGGGUAGAGGAGCGUUUGGUCAGGUUGUGGAGGCGGCAGCGUUUGGUAUUGAGAAAGCUACCACCUGCACUACAGUAGCAGUGAAGAUGCUUAAGGAGGGUGCUACCACCAGUGAGUACCGUGCCUUGAUGUCUGAACUGAAGAUUCUCAUCCAUAUUGGCCACCAUCUCAAUGUGGUCAACCUGCUCGGUGCCUGCACCAAGCCAGGAGGUCCAUUGAUGGUGGUAGUAGAGUACUGUAAGCACGGUAACCUCUCCAGCUAUCUGAAGAGCAAGCGUGGCGAGUACAGCCCCUAUAAGAGGAGCAGGCCACGGCUGGUGCAGGACAAUGCAGGACUAGAGGAGGAUCUGAAUGAAGGGGAUCUGGGUUUGGGUACCACCACCCGACUGGACAUCUGCACUGGAACAGCUGUGUGCUCUGGGCUGAGAGGGGAUUGCCUCUUAACCCCCUCACAGGAUGAGCAAGAGAGUUCAGACUGGGAUCAUCUGACCAUGGAGGACCUCAUCAGCUACAGCUUCCAGGUGGCCAAGGGCAUGGAAUUCCUUUCCUCACGAAAGUGUAUUCAUCGUGAUCUGGCAGCCAGGAACAUUCUGCUUUCUGAGAACAACAUUGUGAAGAUCUGUGACUUUGGCCUGGCUAGAGACGUGUACAAAGAUCCAGACUACGUCCGCAAAGGAGAUGCUCGUCUUCCUCUGAAGUGGAUGGCUCCAGAGACCAUUUUUGACCGUGUGUACACCACCCAAAGUGAUGUGUGGUCCUUCGGAGUGCUGCUCUGGGAGAUAUUCUCUCUGGGUGCGUCUCCUUAUCCUGGAGUGAACAUUGAUGAAUCGUUCUGCAGGAGGCUGAAGGAGGGCACUAGGAUGAGACCACCAGACUACGCUACCCCUGAGAUCUAUCAGACAAUGCUGGACUGCUGGCUGGAUCGGCCCACAGACAGACCCACUUUCACAGAGCUAGUGGAACAUCUGGGUAAUCUACUGCAGGCCAGCGCCCAACAGGAUGGUAAAGAUUACAUCCCGCUGACGGUGGGAGAGGCGGAGUCAGGUAUCGGACAUCUCAGACUGACAUCAUAUAAACAAGGACCUCGAGCUGACAGCUCAGGGAACCAGCUCAACUAUGAUAAUGCUCCACCACUGGGAUAUGGUCAGCAGCUGGAGAUAUGCAGUCAUCAGAUAUUUGAGGACAUUCCUCUGGAACGAAGUGCUGUGAUGGAUGGUCAGAUGGACUGUGGCGUGGGUUUAUCACGUGAGCAGAUGAACCAUCAAGUUCACAGAACAGCAACAUUCAGCCCUCUCCUGCGAUGUAAGAGUAAGGAAUCUCUAGCCUCCGAAUCGUCCAAUCAGACGAGUGGCUACCAGUCAGGUUACCACUCAGACGACGCUGAGGCACCUGUGUAUGCCAACGAAGAGAUGAUCCUGAAGAGGGACAUUCUAAAGAAGCCUCCGCUCCCCAAGAGAGAUGACAAGUACAGCGCCGAGGUCCGUUACAGCACUCCCCCUGUCUAACAGAGACCACAUGGGACCCUGGGACUUUAAAGCCAAGCCUGUCUUUAUUGUGACCAUAAAGUUUGGACAUUUGACCUGGAAUAGCAGAUUUAGCCUUUUCAUUUGGAGAAGAAAUAAUUCACUGAAUUUAAUACAAUAAAAUAUGGAUAAUUUUCACACAUUGAUCAAAUAAUAUGUGAUGCCGACACAGUUCUGAAGUAAACAGAUACAUAUAAUUGUAUUGAUUAAAUGUACACUAUACUUGUACACAAUUCUAACUAGAAAAUGAACUGCGUCACUGUCCUCAGUGUAGGGCAGGGGCAUUAUGUGGGUGUUAUCUAUAAUGUUCUGCUUAUGAUAGGUUGGCAUAUAGCCAUGAUUUCAGAAAUGUCUUCUUAAGGUUAUAUGAGCGGACCCAAAAACUGGUGCCGGCAACAAGAGGUGACUAAACAUUUCUUAUCUUGCGUUCUUCCUCUGAGAUCAUUUCCUUUGCAGGCCCUACCCUUCUCAUACUGUCAGUCAGCAGCACUGUGCAUUUAUUUAAUAUUAUUUAAUCAGGUACAUGCAUUACAAUCUGUAAGGCUUCCUCUGAUCAACACUUACAGUAACAUAUUUCACCCUCAGAUCACUGUGUAUUGCACAUACAGUACAGUAUCAGCUCCACAUCAGUAUAGACCAGUUCACCAUUGUGCCUUAUUUGUCUUUAUUCGUUGAUCCAUUCCUCCCCAUUUUAAGAAAUACAGGUAAUUUAUUGUGUUGGUGCCGAUAAGCUGUAUGUGUUAGUUUUCAUUCCUUUUAAGAAAGCUUUGGAAAUGUAAUCACUGUUUACACAGACCACAGAACAAAUCUAGCCUUAUAGCGAGACCACUCCCACUUCCUGAGUAGGACCACACCCACUUUCUUCCAGACAGGAAAUAGCAACUGCAGUGCGAGACAAUCAAGUGAGCGAAUGUAGUGUUUUUUUCUGUUUUUAUCUUUUGUAUUGUCUUAAACUGAAGUUCAGCCAGACUCUUUCAAUUCCAAGCAGCAGAAAGGGCUCUGUGACGGCCGUGUCUCGAUUGUACAGUUUAUAAAGUGAGGACUUAAUAAAGUCCGUCAGUUAUUUACUAAACUUGUCCUAAAUGUAACUAGUUUUAUAAAAUAAACAUUCAGCAAAAUUAAUAUUA